AUUCCAUGGCCUCCUCUCCUUAUGCAGCACCGAUUCUCUUUGUGAAGAAAAAGGAUGGCAGCAUGCGGAUGUGCAUCGACUAUUGUGCACUCAACAAGAUCACCAUCAAGAACCGCUACCCCCUGCCAUGUGUGGAAGAAAUCUUUGAUCAACUCGGAGCCACAAUUUUCAGCAAGCUUGAUCUCUAUAGCGGAUAUCAUCAAGUUCGUGUCGCUGACGAAGACAUCGAGAAGACUGCAUUUUUAACUCGCUACGGGCAUUUCGAAUUCCUAGUUCUCCCAUUUGGACUAACAAAUGCCGCUGCCACUUUCAUGUGCUUGAUGCACAAUGCCUUUCAUGAUUACUUGGACCGGUUUAUCAUUAUCUUCAUCGAUGACAUUCUGAUCUAUAGCAAAUCAUCGAAAGAGAAUGCUGAGCAUCUAAAACAGGUGUUCACCCGACUUCAUGGGUAGACAGAGAGAAUGAACUGAACCCUUGAAG